AUGGAGGUGAAAUUGGAAGUCAUAGUAUCAUCAAGCAUUAAAAGGAAAAAGCCAUGGUCUCGGUUCAGCUGGCUCGGACAGACCACAGAAAGUAUAUUCAUGUUGGAUGAUAAGCGCAUUAGUGAAAUCAACAUAGUGACUGGAAGAAAAAAGAAAAAGAGCCCUAAAUUCAGUGCUCUCCUGAAGAAUGUCAUAAAUUUGGCAACUUCUACAAAUGGUGCUUGGCUAAUAGGAUUGCUGGUAUCAGGUGAACUCUUUUUAUGGAACAAGGACCACGACUGUUUGAAAAUGACAAGUGCAGCAGAUGGUGUUAGUCAAGUCAUGAAACCUUCACAUGAAUCAGAACUAAAGUCCUUCGACUGUGAAGAUGCUUUUGGUUCAGAAGUUUCCCUUAAAGAUGACAUGAGGCAACGCUUCUCAGUGAACGCUCACUGGCGCCUUCCCUACCUCAUUGUUUCAGAUGGCUACAUGGUCACCGUCCUCAACAUCUCCAGCAACUUCCUACCUUCUAACUUCAUGAGCUCCAUCCUUGAGGAUACCAGACAACGGCUUAAGAAAAUAAAGCAAACUCUCUUGUUAUCUCAGCCACAAAACAGAGAAAAACUGAAGCAGCUUUCAUCCUUAAAUCUGAGCUCUGUUCAAGAUGAAGAGUUUAAAGCACCUGCAGUGGAAUCAACACCUCAGUUUAUUCAGGAGGAUUAUGAAGCCCAAGAAGAGAAAAACAAUGACCCUCAUACAGUUGUCACCACCAAUCUUACUACAAAUGGUGCAGUUACAAAAGCAAUUACUGUCAUUUCUGCACAGACCAUACUGGGUCCCCUCCUGGCCAAAGGGGCCUGGGACGAGUGUUCCAGUUUCAACUCACUGUCAUUACCUCUGACCAGCAGCAUGAUACAAUGCAGUGGUGAUGAAUCCAAUGAAGACAGCCUGAGCCUUUGUGAUUUUGCCCCAGAAGUGCUGAGUGGACGUAUCGAGUUUGCCUCUAUGUUUGACACCAUCCAUGCAAUCACAGAUUUGAAAGCUGAAAGCAGUGACACAUCUGCACAGAUUCCUCUCAUACAGAAGAACCUCCUGAUGAGUGGUAUUACUUCUCCUCAAGCCCUAGCAAAUGCACUCUUUGUUCUGAAGCUGACAUCCCAGCACCUAAAUGUGAUAUAUACUGCUCAAAGUCAGCUGGCAUCCAAUGGAGCACGGUUGGAUAUGUUCUCAACUCCAUUUCUACAGGAGGGCCUUGACUUGGAGAAAUCUAUCAACUUCUCUGUAGUGGCACCUCAACAGGUGGAUACACAACAGAAACCUUCCGACAGGCUAGCGGCUGUCUGGAAAACACUGUACCAGCAGGCACUCCGUUAUCAGUCUUUUCUUCAUAAAUCUCUUGUAUCUGAUGGGCAACAGCCAGAUGAUACGAAACAUGAGGAAUGCUGGAGUUCUCGCCUUAUUGCCCAGAUUCAGACAGCAAUACAGACAUCGGGCAUGUCACUUGGAGGCAUGAAGAAACUGAACUCCAUUAGAGGCGGCGGUCGAACACAUUUCCUGCAGACCCGUUACUGCCUCUCUAUUCUGUAUUGUCACCUCUACCAUUAUAACCUGAGAGCAGCCCAUGGGCUGUGCGACCGAUUAGCCCGAUGGGUGCUUCAUCAUUCUCGGCUCUACUCGGAAGACGUUCACACAUUAGCAGAUGAAUGCUGCUUCCAUGAAAGAUGGCCUCUUUGUAACAUCAACAAUGAAGCUGCAUGUGCUGUGAUCCAGUCAAUGGCUAGAUUCAUGGUGGCCUAUUUCACCAAUCGGCCUCUCUUUGUGCUUCCUCCGCACCAUGUGGACAUUUUGCCACCAUUGCAAGGCAAGCCAGAUUGCCUUCCUCGAGUAAUCCCAUUGCAGCACUCCUACUUGGCCAAGAUUGUGCGUGAUCAGCACCUCUCCAGCGUCUGGACGGUCGAGUAUGCCUUGGACUUACUGCUUAUUGGUGGGUUGUUACCUGAAGCCGUUUGGUUUGCUCACACUCUUGGUGACUGGAAGAUGGCAGUUUCUCUUGGUCUAGCUUACAACUUUUACUGUCAGACUACUUUUAACCUUCCUAGGUUAAAAUUGCGAGAGCUUGAAAUUCCUUCACAACUGCAGCCAACACAGAUUUUCAAGAAUAAAUUGCAAUCACUAAUUGGACAAAAAUCUAAUCCAGAAGGACUGAUUACUGCUGGAGCCGAUCCACGGUCUGGAGAUGUGAAAAGCUGUAAACGGUUCACAGAUUCCAUUGAAGAGGAGGAUGCAGAUUCACUUUUUAAUUCCAUUCAGGAGAUUUUAAAAGCCGCUGUCAUGGCAGAAUCUGAUGUGCUUUCAGAGACUUUUAUUGUCGUGCUUCAGACUGCCAAGGAGCUGAGUACAAAGCUAACUGCUAUAGUGCCUCAUGGGCUGUAUCUGCCAGCGCCUCCCCUGUACUGCCCACAGCCAGCUCUCGACGUCAAGAUUCAACUGAAAGGCUCUCAGCCUCUGCUCAGCCCUUUUCCAGAAUCGUUGCUUAAAUACUUAAACACCAGGAAUUACCUCCAGGCCAGAGGACCUAACAGAGGUGGCCAGCCUGACCCCGUUGUACUUCGGACAAUCCAUUGUUUCAGGGAACUGUGUGGCUUGUGCUGGAUGUUCCAUGUUCGAGAAAUGCUGUCGGUGAACUGCAGGAAGUAUCAGCUGGCAAGGAAUACUGGUAAAGACCUGCAGGAAAUAGAAGAGUACAACGCUGCAGCAAUCAGGUACUGCAUUGAGGCCCUGGAGUGGGCUUGUCGUUUUCUGCCAUUUGCCAGGUUUAUAAAUGCAGAAGAAGUUGUCCAGGAUGUGAUCCUGAGUCUGCUGGCUGAACUUCCUCCAAUAAAGAUGGUGGCGGAUAUUCUUGUGAAAGCUUUUCCAGAACAGCAGGAGUCUGUGCGUGUUGCUCUGAGGGAAAAGUACAGUUCUUUACUUAAAAAUCUUAGACAUUUAACUGUCAAAGGCCAGUUCUGCAGCUCAGUUGGUCCCAACCCUAUCCGUUGA